GCAAUCUUUUCUGUCCAAAGCUAACUAUCACACCUGUGUGUAAAUAAAGAGGCACAGGUAUACAUAUGUAUAAAUUUAAGUAGACUUUACACAAGCUAUAUAGUUCAAGCGCAACCUUUCAACCGUCACUUCGAUCCAGGACCUACUGCCCAGAUUCAAGAAAGUGUUCGGAGAUAUGAAGACCAUAAUUUCAUUGCUUCUGUUCUUGGCGAGCCUCUCUCAGGCUGGCAGCCAGACUAUCACCGGUAAUCCAGAGGUCAGCUUAGGCAGCGACUGCUACAUCCCCUGGGCCAGGGUAGAUAACUGCCUGGUCGGGACAGAGGGUUACUGCACAUGUAACCUGAACCAGCCUUCAGGGCGUGUCUUGUGGGUAAGGUCAGACGGCUCACUCGCCAACCAACAGUACACCGACUCAAGUUCAAAGCUGAUAGUAACUUCUUCAUCAAAAAUCAACAAUGAAACUUUUACUUGUGUCUGGGAAUCUGCCUUGGGCAAACAAAAUGCUCAAACCUUUAACGUGCUGUAUCCAAAGGGACCUACUACCAUGAGUCUCAGGGCUUUGGGUGUCAGAGAAACGUUUGACCUUUGCCCAGCUAAAUCCAACUCCAUCACGGUUGUCUGUGAGGUGCCUAAAGACGCGGUGUACCCAAAACCUUGGUUCCACUUCACAGUCAACGGUACCAUACCCGUCUAUGACUGGUACUCUGGUGACUUGGUCAAUGGAGUGUACCGUUACAACCAAACGAUUAAGGUGGAGAGAGGAGGUGACCUCAGCGUUUACUGUUGGCCUGGAAACAGCUGUACGAGGUCCGUAUCCUUUAUCGAGAAAACUCUCAAAAUUACUGUUAGAGAACCACCAAGCAAUUACCCAGAAAUCACCAUCAAUGGGAAGACCUACACUGGCAUCGACUCUUCUGCAGUCAACGUUCAAGAGGGUACCAGGCUCACCGUCUCCUGUAAGGUUUCUGGAGGCAUGCCUGCCGUGAAGGAGGUCACGCUCACCUGCGGGGCUCAGCAGAAGAAAUCGAGUUCUGGAGGCUUGGCUACACUAUCUUUCAAUGCCUCGCGCAAGUCUUUCACAAGGCCGCUGUGUUCAUGUAGAGCCAGUCACGUGACAGGUUGCUAUGACAAACAAACCUUCGUUCGCUUAAAUGUUGCAGCAUAGAGAGAUGGACAUCUUGUGAAACAUGUGAUAACCUCUAUCCACAUUUCAUGUUCCAAGUACAUUUUUUAAAAAUAAUUUUUGUCGGAUAUAUUAUAUUUUUAAAUAAAAUAUGCUCUUCUUUUUAAAAGUA